CACACAGGAAGAGAUGUUUUUGACCUUAAUCUUGUGACAGACAAGUCAUUUUAGCAUUACUCCUGUGGUGAUAAUACAAGAUAUCACCUGCACCAUAAGAUACAUGACCAAUACACCAUGGGAAAUGAAACCACAGACUUCACCGACUGGCCGCUGACAACAGAAUAUGACUAUAGUGAUUCAACACCUUGCCCUGCAACUGAGGAAAAGCACUUUGCAGCGAAAUUUUUGCCACCUCUUUAUUCUUUAGUGGUGAUAUUUGGCCUGACAGGCAACAUGCUUGUUGUCCUUAUCCUGGUAAAAUACAAGAGGCUGAAGAGUAUGACUGACAUCUACCUGCUCAACUUGGCAGUUUCUGAUCUGCUGUUUGUAUUUUCGCUCCCUUUUUGGGCUUAUUACGCAGUUCACGACUGGGUUUUUGGGGAGGCGCUGUGUCGAAUUCUGUCAGGUGUCUACCUCCUUGGCUUUUACAGUGGCAUCUUUUUCAUAAUCCUGUUGACCCUGGACAGGUACCUGGCCAUAGUGCAUGCGGUGUUUGCUUUGAAAGCCAGGACAGUCACCUACGGCAUCCUCGCCAGCGUUGUCACUUGGGCUGUUGCUACUCUUAUUUCCGUCCCUGGGGUAGUAUUUCACAAAACUCAGAAGGAAAGUUCACGUAGUACUUGCAGUGCUCAUUAUCCAUCAGAGCAGAGAAAUACAUGGAAACAAUUCCUCACCUUAAAAAUGAACAUCCUGGGACUUCUUAUUCCUAUGUUAAUCAUGAUUUGCUGCUACACACAAAUUAUAAAGACGUUACUGCAAUGCAGGAACGAGAAGAAACAUAAAGCAGUCAGGCUUAUUUUUAUUAUCAUGAUUAUUUACUUUUUUUUCUGGGCACCAUACAACAUUUGCAUUCUCUUGCGUGAUUUUCAAGGUGCAUUUUCCAUCUCUACUUGUGAAGGAAAUAGUCAACUGCACAAAGCAAUCCAAGUGACGGAAACAAUCUCAAUGAUCCACUGUUGUAUCAACCCUGUAAUUUAUGCCUUCGUUGGAGAAAAAUUUAGGAAAUAUCUUCACAGCUUUUUCCGAAAGCAGAUUGCAGUCCACUUGUCUAAAUACUGUCCUGUUUUCUAUGCUGACACAGCUGAACGAGCAAGCUCCACCUACACACAAUCUACUGGAGAACAAGAAGUUUCUGCUGCAUUAUAAACUGUGUUUAGUGAAAAAAUGGAAUUGACACUUGUGAGAUCAACUCUGUGACAAAAGCCUGCUGAAUCUCUCCUGGAUAUUGUCUCUAAGGCAGCUAAAAACAGAAAAAAAAAGCUAUAAAACUAAAAAGAAAAAAAAAUCAUAGAAUACAUAUUUACCAAAGUUUGCAUUUGCUCACAGACUUGGGUAUUUGUAAAUACAUUAAAAGGAUGUAGCAAGUUACCUAGUUGGGGGCCUGAGCUAGCAGGCUAACAGAUUUUUUUAAGUGAAAUAGAGGUUAUGAAGUUGCACUGGUUCUUCAGAAACAUCUCUUGAUUGUACAUUACACAAGAUAUCUCACUCAUUUGAACCCAGUCUCAGUCAUAUUUUUUACUAGUCUGGUUGUGUAUCUCUGUAAAUAAUGCUAAAUUACUAAGGUCUGUCAUACACCAUGGAAUGGAAAAUUUUAUACACUUAGAAUGGACUCUAAUAUUUCAUGGUAUAUUUUCCUUUGUGUAUGGUUGAGUCCUAACCACUUAGAUCUUUCUCAUAAUAGUUCUAACUAUUAGGGGCUAAUACCUGAGUGACUGUUGAGUUUGUUAUUCUGAAGGCUCUCUUUUACUCAUCUGCUGUUUUAUAUGCUACUCAUGCUAAAGAGGUAAUUUAAUAGAGCUAUCACUAAAAAAUAAUGUCCUAUAACUGAUCAGAAAAUCAGUAUGGUAACAGUAUUUUAAAAAUAAAAUAUUUCACAUGGAGCUUUAAUUGGGUUGGAUCAAACAUGAGGAGUGAGUCAACAGUGUUUUAGCUUUUUUAGUGCAGUGAUUUUUGCCAUUUUUGUAGCCUACAUAAGAGAAAAACUUUUUAGAAAAAUGAAUGCAGGCAUAAUGGCUGCCAAACCACAGCCGUGUUAGAGGUGUGAAAAUGAUUUCUGAACUAGAUUGACACAGAUGUUUUAGAGAUAAGUGUAUGUUAUAAACAUCGAAGUUAACAAAACAUCUGAAUAAGUAAAAUUAUUCCCUGUACUACAGAGUCGAGGGUAUAGAGCAUCUGUUUUGUUUUAGAAGCUGGUAUUAUUUGGGGGGCUGUGACAAUGGGUUUUUUGUCAUUUAGGACUUUUACAGAGAGAAAAAGCUUCCAUAAUUAGUAAGACUGGUGGUUAAAUGUGACUGAUUCUCCACAAUGAUCAGAACCUGUAAAGCAUAGGAACACAUAGAAAACAUGAAAUAAAUAUUGGGCUACUCAGGUGCUUAAGAACAUACCAUAAUCACAGUAUUAAUUAAUUUGGGCCAAGUUCUCCUUCCAACAGCUCUUAUACUUCCCCAAAGACAGAUGGUAUUGGACAAGUUUGGAGACUGCAAAUAAAAAGUGACUCUUUUGUUUGCUGUUCCAAUCCAGAAGGGCAAUUUCUGUUUCCCAACUUAUCUAGAUAGCCUUUUAAAUAAUAUUUUCAAAGAAGCAAAUGUUCCAAGAAGUCACAAAGAAAUUUUAGAGUGGAAAGUGCUUGUGAAAGCAGGAGUGAAAUAGGGAAAUCUUUACUUAUCAAACCACUUGUUUUGAGUUACUUAUUUUGUCAUACUAAGCACCAUUUGGAACACUUUGGAACUACAUCCACAUGGGAAGUGUAACAGAAGUACCAAACCUCAUUUACAAAGUUUUCAGCUGCAUACUCUUCUUUAAGGCCCUGUGCAGCAAUUACUUUCUGGACUUCGUAUAUGGUUUUAAAAUGGGUAAAUAGAUCAGCGUAACGACAAAUACACACCUAAUCAGGCUGUCUUUUUUAACUUAUAGAAUGCAUUUAUGAAAACAAUUUUAUAUUUUAUUCUGCUCUUGACAAGAACUUUGGCUUGGUCUUGAAAACACCUUGCCUUUACGAAACUACUUUCUCGGGAGGGCUUUGAUGCCAGACACAAUAAUGCAUCUUUGUCAGCCCUUCAGAAGCAAAGCACAACAACCAAAUGUGCAUGGGCAUGCUGUCAAACUUUCUUAGAGGCAUGUCAAAACUGCCCUGAUCCUUCUACAGCAUGGACCUCUAAUCAUGGAUCUUUCUAAGCAACAAGCAGCUUCCAGAGGAAGGAGGUGGAACUAAGAUUGGUGGCCCAGUGGAUCGCAGCUAAUCAAGAGUUUUCAUCACUUCACUGGAAAGGGAUCACACUUCAGCACAUGAAAACAAGUCAUAUUCAGCUACUGCAAUGAACUGUGAUCCACUGUGAGCCUGAUAUUUCUGAGUCUGAAAAGGUUUUCAGCCUGCCAGUGGCUGAUUUCUCCCCAAGGGAAGGUUUCUCAGGAGUCUUUCUUUCAAGGACAAUUUCUGUAAAUAACUUAUGUUUCUCAAAAUAAAUCUGUACAGCUGUGCUGAUUGUGUUUCUCUUGUUCCACCAAUAGGACUAGAGAGGUGUUCCCUUUUACCAAUCAUGUUAAGUCUGUAUCAGAACACCUAAUAAAAAGUACUAAAAAGUAGACAAUAAAGCCUUCUGAUCUUCUGCCUUUGAA